CGAUACGGCCAUAACAGACUCAACCACUGCCGAGUUUCGUCUCACCUGCGAUACCACAAGCUGGGACCGCGUAAUUGGAGGCGGAGCGAUAACUACCAGCCAUUUACGGUGACCCAGAAGUUGGACUGAAUCAACGUUAAGCAGAAUAUCCCCUACACAAACACGGACAGAUCACAAACCCUUUUGCCAGCCAUGGCCACCACCACCACCGCCGGCGAGAACCCCAGGACCGUCCUCGUGGUCGCUGGGUCGGAUCCCUCGGGCGGGGCCGGUCUCGAGGCAGACCAGAAAGUCAUUGCGGCACACCGGUGCUACGCGAUGACGGCGACGACCGCGCUGACGAGCCAGAACACCACGGGCGUCGACGGAAUCCAUCUCGUCCCCGCAGAGUUUACGCGCAAGCAGAUCGACGCCGUGUUUCGGGAUAUCAAGCCCACGGUUGUCAAGAGUGGCAUGUUGGCUGCGACGGAGACCAUUGAAAUGUUCGCCAGAGCACUUACAGACUACAAUGUCAAGUCGCUUGUUCUUGAUCCAGUCAUGGUUGCUACGACAGGCUCGCGGCUACUGCCGACCGAGGCACUGGAAGCAUUGCGGACACUGCUGCUGCCGCUGGCCUUUAUCGUGACGCCAAACAUUCCAGAGGCCCUGCUCCUUUCGUCGUCUGGUAGCCAAGAAGAACACCGCAAGGUCAGAAGUAUUGACGAUCUCGAGGCCAUAGCCCGCAGCCUCAAGGCUCUCGGCCCGCAAUGGGUCUUGGUCAAGGGCGGCCACGCCCCGUUCAAAAGGGAUGGCACCGUCGCGGAGUCGGACAGCGACAGACAGAUCGUUGUGGACGUCCUGCUCAGCCCAGAUGGCGAGGUGACGCGCUUCACGAAUGAGUACCAGGACUCCAACAACACCCAUGGGACCGGCUGCUCGCUCGCGUCGGCGAUCGCGUCGAAUCUGGCCUUGGGACAGCAGCCUGUCGAAGCAGUCAAGGCUGCUAUCCGCUAUGUCGAGGCUGGUAUCAGGACUGCCCCCGGAUAUGGACAGGGCAAUGGGCCUUUGAACCACUUUCACUCUAUCCGAACCCUUCCAUUUGCACCUGGUCGCUUUGUCGAAUAUCUUCUCAACAGGCCGGACGUAGCUCCCGUCUGGCACGAGUUUGUCAACCACCCUUUCGUGCUGGCCAUGGGCAACGGCCAACUCCCACUUGAUUCCUUCAAGGGUUACCUCGUGCAAGACUAUCUUUACCUAGUCCACUUUGCGCGAGCCAACGCGCUGGCCUCGUACAAGGCCAAGAGCAUUGCCGACAUCGCAGCAGGCGCCAAGAUCGUCUCCCACAUCCACACCGAGAUGAGCCUGCACAUCAACUACUGCGCGACCUUUGGCAUCUCGGUCGCCGAGAUCGAGGCGACCGAGGAGCACCAGGCCUGCACGGCGUACACGCGCUACGUGCUCGACAUUGGCAUGUCCGAGGACUGGCUCGGCCUCCAGGUCGCGCUGGCCCCGUGCCUGCUCGGCUACGGCGCCAUCGCGCAGCAGCUCCACGCGGACCCGCGGACGCGCAGGGACGAAGGGAACACGUACUGGCCGUGGAUCCUGAACUAUGUCGCCGACGACUAUGUCCAGGCCGUCAGGACGGGAUCGGAACUCAUCGAGAGACACGCGAGUCUGCAGUCGCCGACACGGAUCGAGGAGCUCGUCAAAGUCUUCAUCCAUGCCACAAAGAUGGAGAUUGGGUUCUGGGAAAUGUUCCCUAGCUCUUGAUAUAUCGCAAACCCCCCGCAAUGACGUCUUGUCUACCUUUUUGGGGAAGGUUUUGGUUAUUGGCUCUUCCGGAGUGGGAAGGUAUACUUGUCGUUGAGUUCAUUCAGAGAUUCGGCAAAACAUGGCGCAGAAGGAGAGAUGCGUGGGCACUUUUGUCUCGAGGAGUACUCAACCAAGAUCUUGCUGGAUGGUUAGGUUGACCACACAGAGUAGAUACUUCUACCCACAAAGUUCCAUGAAGGAAGGCGAGUCGUGCUCGCAGUGAUCAACUUAUUGGUGCUUGGGGAUGAAUAUGA